AUGGCGGUGGCUCACGCGGAUAAGCUACACAAGCGGUAUCCGCACCAGUUGUGCGCGGCAACGUUGGAAAGCAGCCUGCGUUGUGGGGCUGUAGACAUACGUGGGAUAGACGAGCACCAGCUACGGCAGUGGGGGAGAAUAGAUGUCAUGAUCGCAGGAUGGGAGUGCCAGGGCUACUCACGAGCAGGAGCGGGCAGAGGCCUGAGGGACGAACAGAGCGGCUUGUUCCGGGAGCUAAAGCGGGUCUUGGAGCUCAUAAAACAGAUUCAGGGAGACGUCCUCUACAUCGUAAAAAACGUGGACAUGGAAGGAGACAUCCGCGAGCAAGUACAGGUGGCGCACGAGGAACUGACACCCACCCUGGGACCGGGCGUAGUGGCAAACGGGGCGCAGAAAAGGAGCAGGACACAUAGGGUUCGCCGCUACUGGACGAAUGGGGUGAGCGACGCGACGCUGCAGUACCGCGUGUCGCUGAUGGAGAGGCCGGUGCCCCUGCUGGUGGAGGACAUUCUGGAACCCAGGAGGAUGCCAGCGCCAGUGGAACGACCGGGCCAUCCAACACAGUUCCCCUGCAAUGAGGUAGGAAAACCAAGGCAGGCCUGGCCGACCUUCGUGGCCCAUGGAGAGGCUGUGGCAUUCAGGUUGCACGAUGGACUGCCAGGGCCGGGCAUGGUAUACGACUGCACCGCUCGGGAAUGGCAGGACCCCACAGCGCUGGAAAGGGAACUGGCCAUGGGGUUCAUGGAGAACGCGACAGCACACCCGGAAGUGAUCGAGGAGGAAAGGAGGAGAGCGCUGGGGAGAGCUAUGGAUCUUAAUGUGAUGCAUUGGCUAGUAGCGACCAUCAGAAUGUAUCAUUCUGAGCUGCGCUGGGAGCGGAAAAGGGAUAAGGCGGCGGCAGUGCAACCGCCGACAGAAAGAUCAGCGGCAAAGGAGGCGCUAGCACGAGCCAUGCUGGGGGAGAUUCAGGAGCACGAUGAGCUGCAGCAUGAACGGGGGCAUCCGCUGGAGAGGCGGUGGGUCUACCCGUGGGAAGAGGAGGACGAGAGACCAGCGGACUACGCAGAACAAGCCGACAUUUGGCUCCCAGGGGAUCGAGAGGAGCAAGCGGUGGACAAGAAGCGCGAGGACUUCACCGGGCUGGAAGAAGCGAUUGAAAGGCAGAGGAGCAGGGAAAGUUACGAGCGGGAAUUCGGGUCUGGGGACUUCGCGCUCAUGGCAGCAACCAAGGAAGAGGAACAAGCACAAGAAGGAACGCAGGAAGCAGGGGAGGAAGGGGGCGACAAAGGGACGCCGCGGGUUUAA